AUGCCGCCUGCUGCUUCAACAUCUGCGAAAAAGACGCCAUCCCUGAAGUCGUUACAAACUAAAUUGCGAGGUCUUCAAACAUCGCUUUCCAACAUUUCCAAAUUCGUGCAAACUGUUGAUGAAACUACUACGGCUAGCCAGGCAGUAGUUCGUCUUGAUCGUCUAGAUGAAUUAUGGGAAAAAACUGGCGACGUUAUGAAUGAGAUAGAAACUCACGAGGACUACGAGGCAGAAGCAGACUCACUCACCAAGGACAGAAUAGCUUUCGAAGAUCGCUACUACGAGAUGAAGGCUUUCUUAGUGGACAAGAUCAAGGAGCUUCAAGAUCCGGGUACACUGGAACAAUCUAGUUUUCGUGGCAACAUCGAUGAAUGGCUCAGCUUUCGAGAUUUGUUCACCUCGUUAAUCCAUCGGAAGGCAGACCUAUCGGAAGUGGAAAAACUGCACUACCUUAAUGGCUGUCUAGAGGGAGAAGCCAAAGCAUUAAUUGAUCCAUUGAAAUUAACCAAGGGAAAUUAUUCGAUUGCAUGGGACACGUUAUUGAAGCGGUAUAAUAAUAGCAAAUUGCUCAAGCGAAGGCAAGUGCAAGCGCUUUUCAAAUUACCCGUUGUGGCAAGGGAAUCAGCAACGGAACUGCAUAAGCUGCUGGAAGGAUUUGAGAGGGUCACUCAAACCUUGGAUCAAGUUGUCGAGCUUGCAGACUAUAAGGAUUUAUUAUUGAUCGAAAUUCUAAGCUCUAGGCUGGACGCCUACACCCGAAGGGGGUGGGAAGAGUUGUCGUCUACUAAGGAAAGUGACAUACUCAAGGAUUUAACAGAGUUUCUUCACCCUACUGCGGUAGUUAUCAUCGAGGAUGAGGAAGGUUUAAGCCACACGGCACGCGCUUUGCUGGACUCAGGGUCAGAAUGCAACUUUGUUUCGGAAAGGUUGUGUAAGCAAAUGAGCCUCACCAAAGAAAGGGUUGAUGUCUCGGUGGUUGGAAUUGGCGUUACUUCGGCCAAGGUGAAACAUAUGAUCCGCGCCAACAUUAAGUCACGGAAUACUUCAUUCUCUCAGGUUAUGAGUUUGCUUGUAUUGCCAAAGGUUACAGCUAAUCUGCCAACUACAUCGGUGCAGACUACGGGGUGGGUUAUCCCACAAGGUAUUAAGCUUGCGGAUCCAUCAUUCUUUCUAUCGAACUGUGUGGACUUGGUACUAGGAAUUCAAUCAUUCUUCGGCUUUUUUCAAACUGGCAAGGCUAUUUCCCUAGGCGAGGGAUUGCCACUUCUCACCGACUCAGUCUUUGGUUGGAUAGUGUCAGGAGAAGUAACAUCAUUACCCAGGUCAUCGCAAAUCACCUGUAAUGUAGCAGCAUCGGUUAAUUUAGAAAAGAUAAUGGAAAGGUUUUGGUCUUGCGAGGAAGUGGAAGACACACGGAAUUAUUCCCCAGAAGAAACACGCUGCGAGGAACAUUUUAGGACUACUGUACAACGAGACUCAAACGGGCGAUACACUGUGUCUCUACCAAUAAAGGAAAACAUUCUGGCACAGUUGGGUGAAUCGAGGGAAAUAGCACUCAAACGAUUUUUUGGAUUGGAACGACGAUUGGCUCGAAAUGAGAAUCUACGAAAACAGUACCAUGAUUUCAUGGCAGAAUAUCUGGCACUGUCUCAUAUGCGUCAGGUUGACAACGACAGCACGACAGUUAAAAGAUGUUACUUGCCACAUCACCCGGUUGUGAAAGAGGAUAGCACCACUACGAAGGUUCGAGUGGUCUUUGACGCUUCGUGCCAGACUUCCACUGCGCUUUCCGUUAAUGAUGCUCUACUGGUGGGACCGGUCAUCCAACAGGAUCUUCGGUCAAUUAUACUUCGGUGCAGGACCCGUCAAAUUAUGCUCGUUGCGGAUGUCAAAAAAAUGUUUCGACAAAUAAAAAUGAAUCCUGCCGACGCUCCGCUUCAGAGUAUUUUGUGGCGAUUUCGGGAAACAGACGAGGUGGAAACUUACGAACUAAUGACGGUUACGUAUGGGACGAAACCCGCACCAUUUCUAGCCACGCGAACGUUGAAGCAGCUUGCAUUGGAUGAAGCGCUUCGUUGGCCGUUAGCAGCAAAGGUGAUCGAAAACGAUGUAUAUAUGGACGAUGUGAUUACUGGGGCAAAUGACAUCGCAACAGCUAUAGACUUGAGGGUGCAACUGGAUGCAAUGAUGGAAAGCGGCGGAUUUAGAUUGAGGAAAUGGGCCUCGAACUGUACGGCAGUAUUAAAGGAUAUCUCGCAAGACAAUUUAGCGCUCCCAGCUAAUGGUAUAAACUGGGAUCAGGAUUCUACAGUAAAGGCUUUAGGUUUAACAUGGCUACCGAAAACAGAUUUGUUAAAAUUUCGUUUCAACAUCGCUAACCUAUGUCCUGAAACAGCAUUAACAAAACGGAAGGUUCUUUCAAUUAUUGCUUCAUUGUUUGAUCCUUUAGGGCUCUUAGGUGCAACUAUUACGUUGGCCAAAAUUUUCAUGCAACGGCUGUGGAGUGCAAGAAACGAAAACGGACAUCCGUUGGAGUGGGAUUCUCCUCUGCCGGAGUUGCUGGACGCAGAUUGGCGAAACUUUCAUCACCAGCUCUCAUUGCUAAACGAUAUUCGCAUUCCGCGCUGUGUGAUUGCGCCAAAUGCAGAAUCAGUCCAGAUUCAUUGUUUUUCUGACGCUUCGGAACGAGCGUAUGGCGGUUGUCUAUAUGUAAGGACUAUAGAUACAAACAAGCAGGUCACAGUUAAACUUCUUACCGCCAAGUCUAAAGUGGCACCACUGAAGACACAAUCCUUACCGCGACUCGAAUUAUGCGGUGCCAAGCUAACGGCGCAACUAUGGGAGAAGGUUGCGGAAUCAAUUGGAGCAAAUUAUGAAGUGCACUUUUGGACGGAUUCUACGUGUGUUUUACGGUGGAUUCGAGCUUCCCCGAGCAGCUGGGUUACUUAUAUAGCUAAUCGGGUGUCGAAAAUUCAAGCUAUAACGGAAAAUGAUAUUUGGCAUCAUGUACCGGGAUUGUGUAAUCCCGCAGAUUUAAUUUCCCGUGGCGUCACUCUAGAGGUACUAAUUCGAAGCAGUUUAUGGUGGGAAGGGCCGGACUGGCUGAAGGAGGAGAAGAAUCAAUGGCCUCAGUGGCAGGAGGAUCAUUCGGAAGAAGCUCUAAUAGAGAGACGGCAUACAGUAGCUUUCGCUGUAGUAAAUGAGUACAGCUUCAUUAACGAAUACAUUGCCAAAUUUUCAUCGUACACUAAACUUUUGCGAAUAACUGCAUACUGCCUACGAUGGAAAAAUAAUUGUCAAAUCCCUAAGGAAAAGGUGCAGAAAGGGUUUCUAACAUCGGCGGAACUACGAGAAGCGGAAUUUAUCAUAGCUCGCAAGGUUCAACAGCAAGUUUUCGCUGAGGAUAUAAAACGGUUAUCAAAGGGUGAAGUCGUUUCACGCCAUUCGUUACUAAGGUGGUUUAAUCCAAGGAUAGCGGAAGAUGGUAUAUUACGCGUAGGUGGAAGGUUGGGUCAUUCGCAAGAGUCGUCAGAUGCGAAGCAUCCAAUGGUGUUGCCAGCGAAACAUGUAUUAACAGAAUUGAUACUCCAGCAUUAUCAUCACAGUCUUUUGCACGCCGGACUACAAUUACUAUUGGCUACGGUUAGGCAACGUUUUUGGCCAUUGGGCGGUCGAAACGUGGCGAGGAAAAUUAUACAUCGGUGUCAAAGGUGCUUUCGUGCAAAACCAAGGGCUGUCAGGCAGCAAAUGGGUGAACUGCCGGCAGCGCGAGUAACAGUUUCAAGACCAUUUGUGAGAUGCGGAGUGGACUAUUUUGGUCCUGUUUACAUUCGAGCGGGAAGACGACAAACUGCAAUAAAAACUUAUGUAGCGAUAUUUGUUUGCAUGAGCACCAAGGCGGUACACAUGGAACAUGUGUCCGACCUAUCAACAGAACGGUUCCUACAGGCACUGCGCAGAUUUUUCGCCAGACGGGGCAGGUCAUCGGACAUGUAUUCCGACAACGGGACCAAUUUUGUAGGGGCUAGGAACCAACUACGAGAACUAUUUGCGCUGCUAAAGGAUUCUCAUCAUCAACAAGCUGUGGCCAGGGAGUGCUCGUCGAAAGGCAUUCAAUGGCAUUUCAACCCGCCAUCAGCCCCGCAUUUUGAAGGGCUGUGGGAGGCGGCCGUUCGUUCUACAAAAUACCAUCUACUACGGGUCCUAGGCGGGAAUCCGGUGUCAGCUGCGGAUUUUGUAACGUUGUUGGUGCAGGUGGAAGCAUGCCUAAACUCUAGGCCACUAACACCAAUGUCUGAUGAUCCGUUGGACUUGAGACCAUUGACACCAGCACAUUUUUUGACUGGUGAAUCUCUUCAAGCCGUCCCGGAACCAGAUUACAGUACUGUCUCGUUGAAUCGUCUCAGCCAUUGGCAAUUAGUCCAGCGUCAGUUGCAAGACUUUUGGAAACGUUGGAAAACGGAAUAUUUGGUACAGCUUCAGAGCCGAACGAAAAAUUGGGAGCUGCCAGUGAAGGUGGAAAUUGGUCGACUGGUGGUUAUUAUGGAGGCUAAUCAGCCGCCAAUGCGAUGGAAGCUGGGACGAAUCCACGAACUACAUCCAGGAACAGAUGAGGUUGUCAGAGUCGUCACAAUCAAAACUGCUACAGGUUAUCUCACGCGACCUGUUGAGAAACUUUGCUUUCUACCUCAGGUUGAGAGUACAACGGAGUCGGAGUCAAGCCAGUAA